UUCUUUGUUUUCUGGAAGACUUCUCUCUCUCACACACACAGAGUGCCGUUUCUUUCUUUGUGGUCUGGAUUCUCUGGAAUACUACCACAUUGACCCUGUGUUUGUGUGGAGUCUAUGCUCUCCUCUCUCUAAAGUUAAAACUAAUUUACACGCAUAACUUUCUGUCUCUCAGUUUGGUCUCUCUUUCUCUUCACCCAAACCUGAUCCAUAAUGCUUCUCUCUGUCUAAGUGGGGUCUAUACUCUACCCCAUCCCCCCUUACUCUCUCCUUUUUUCUUUUUUUUUUUGACAAAUCCUUCCUCUCUCCACCCCAACCAUGGCGGCCUCGGAAUUCACAGCCAUUCUCACUCCUCGACCCCAAAUUCCACCUCCCUUCAACUCCAGAAAAUACCCCUCAGCCCGAAUUCCUCUUUGUCUUGUCCCCCACAAAUCCUUCAUCACGAAACGCUAUCCCCCGUCAAUUCAUCUCUCCAUAAAAUCCGAUGCAACAGAGGCUUCAGUUGUAUCAGAUGAAGAAGAGAAGCAGUCUGAUUCCAAUGGUGUGAAUUGGGUUCCUGUGGUCCCUUUGGCUGCUCUGCCAAAGGGAGAAAGGCGUGUGAUUAUACAGAGUGGAGAGACCAUUUUGCUGUUAUGGUACAAAGAUGACGUCUUAGCCAUCGAGAAUAGGUCUCCGGCGGAAGGGGCCUACAGUGAAGGCCUUCUGAAUGCUAAGCUCACACAGGAUGGAUGCAUAGUUUGCCCCUCAACAGAUAGCACGUUCGAUUUAAGGACUGGGACAAUUAAGGAAUGGUACCCAAAUAACCCAGUUCUCAGAGUUCUCACUCCACCUCUUCGAACACUCCUUGUUUAUCCCGUGAAAACAGACUCAGAGAACAUAUACAUAAGCAUGAAAGGAGGGGUGAGAUCAAGAGGCUCUGCAGAGAUAGUUUUCAGUGGGAAAGCUCAACCUGGUGUCACUGCAUCUGAUGUCAAUGUGGAUGAGGUGAGAAUGGUGGUUGAUGAAGGGUUGGAGGGGUUUGGUUUCACAACUAAGAAUGAGUUGAUCAAUGGAAAGGCUGCUGUUAUUGGGUUUCUCUUGCUUCUUGAUUUUGAGUUGUUGACUGGGAAAGGACUCCUCAGGGGCACAGGCUUCUUGGACUUUCUUUAUGCUGCAUCAAAGGCAUUUAGCUCCUCAUAACCCAUUUUCUUUUUAAUUUUUCUGUUUUACUUUUUAUUUUUUAUAUAUAUUUUAAGGUUCUUCUCUA